CACACUACUUACUGCUGCUAGAACAGGACAGGACAUUUCAUUCAUGGAGGGAACGGACCACUUUGCAAAAGGAACAUGGAAACUUAUCCGAUCGGAAAACUUCGGACAGUAUUGUAAAUACAUGGGUGUGUCGUGGGUAAAGAGAUUGCUCAGCUCACUAAUUUGUCCCUGCCAGAAAAUUCGUGUCGCCAGCGGGCACUGGUCUAUAUUGACCUCUUCGCUCCUCCGAGAGACAGACGUGCAGUUUACCGAGGGAAAGGAAUGCACGUGGUUGACGUAUGACGGACGCAAUAUUCGCACCUCCGUCGUCAUGGAGAAUGGAAAACUUGUGUUACAUCAGUUAGACCCUCCCUUCGCCAAGAUUACGCGGGAAUUUGACGACCAGACUAUGAUUAUGACUUUGGAGGUGGACGGUGUGAAGGCCAGACGGAUAUACCAAAAACGAGACACCGCCAUUACAGAUAACAAAACGAUCAACUGGUCGGGGAUUUUGUUGUUUAUGUUCGUGUGUCUCUCCACAGUUUCAAUUGCCUGGUACUGUCAAUUGUAGGACUCUCUCGGCUGAAUUGUGUCACCUACUUAUUUCCUUGUAGAUGCAAUAAUGAUCGAGCAAAGUUUCCUCUUUGCAACUACCCCGUUUGUUUAUAUAAAUGAUUUAUUUUUCCAU